GUGGUUAGGUGCGAGUACGACGUAAAGAAAAAAACCACACGAGAAUUGACGCGAUUACUGUGAAAGUAAAGUUUUUUUUACAGAUUUGGAUUUGUUACAGAUUGAACAGUGUGAAAAAUAAGUAAAGCUCAUAGUUUUAAACGUGAUUAAUCAAAGUCUUCGUUGAUCGAUUUUGGUUAGAACGAGUUGUCGGAUUUGUGCGACUCUAAUUUGCUAGAAGAUUCUGUGCAAAAUGUUCAACACCAAAAAGGAUAUUGAUCGGCAUGUGAAAACAUCACUGGCUAAAUUGCCGGAAAACGAGAAAUAUGCCCGUGGUUUAGCCAUAGCUCGCCAGUAUUUUAAAUUAGGCGAAUAUGCAAGUGCCGAACAUUGGUUAUCCUGCUUUCUGUCGGUGCAAGAGGACAGCGCUCAGGCACACAAGCUACUUGGUCAAUGUUACGAGAAGCAGAAAAAGAUUGACAGAGCUAUCACGUCCUACCAACGCUCAUUGCAGUUAGAUUCAAAGCAAACCGGAUUGAUUACUGACGUCUGUAAGUUACUUCUCACAGAUGACAAUUUCAAUAAAAAUGCAGCAAAAGCAAAGCACUGGUGUGACAUGGCUGAAACAGAACGGAUUACUCACGAAGCAGUAUUGAAUCUGAAGCUAAAGGUAGCGAACAAAGACACUACUUCCGAUAACAGGAUGGUCAAGGAAAUCAUACUGAAAGAAAUAUUGUCUCGUCCGUUGGAUCCAGGUCUGAGAAUACGUCUAGUGAAGCAUUUUCUGGACGAAAGAAAAGUGGACGAUGCCUUCAAGUAUUGCUAUGAUAUUGAAAUGCGAUUCACUGAAACGUUCCAACAGUCGAUUGAAUGGGCUAAUGCUGUUUCGUCAAUGUUGUCUACAUACGCUGAUACGAAUGUAAAUUCAUUCCAAUCCAGUUGGAGUUACUGGGUGUUGCUGAUUAUGACCUUGGAUCGACAAAUUCAUCUCAAUUUAUUAGCAGAUUUUUCGUUACAAACAAUCAAGCAAAUUAAUCUGAAGGAAAUAGCCUCUUUAAUUUCGGAACUAGAUCAAACAUUGCGUAAGUUUUCCGAAAAGGGUAAAAACUCAUGCCCACAAAAACAGUUGUCCGAGGAAUUUCUGCGACACUAUCGUGGCCAGCUUCUUUUGCACUCGGCUUGCUUACUAUUUAAGGAUGAAAAAACAGGCGGAAAGGCUCGUGAUGUAACCACAAAAUGUUUGCCGUUGCUGUUCUUAGCAUAUCAAUGCGGCGUUCCUGAUAUGGAUGAACCAUGGUUGAAACAUUGCAAUGACACCACCAGACAGCUGCUGGCACACUGGAAUAAGCAAGCUGCUUACCGUUGCUGUCAGGCCGGCAAUACCAUAUUGUCCUGUGUGGAUGAGAGUGUAGACGCCUCAGUGAUCGCGCAAAUACAGAGCGUGACGGAGAGCAAGAUUUGGAAUACAGCGGACGAUUUAGUCAAUCAGGUUCGCCAAUUUUGCUCCGACGUCGGCUGGAAGAAAAACGUAUUUCGUUCACUGUACAGCAACAACGGUGAUCAGUUGUCGAAGAUAUCUGCUUCCUAUUUUAUGCAAAGUUCAUCGAUUGGCGAGCCAAAAUACGUUCUGCCCGAACGGGGACAUCUGCAGAUGUACCUCGAGAUGGCUCAGUAUCUAUUUCCCUCGUUCUUACCGUACCAGGUCUAUCUUGGCUUGGCAAUAGAAGAUCUAUCGGAAUUGAGAUGCAAAUCGUUCAGCGGUCUUAACUUUUCAACCAAUAAUCUGAACAACUGUAACCUGGAAACACUCAACCAGCUGGACGUAGACUCCUUCUUAUACUGUUCGAUCUUAGUCGCUAAAAGCUGCAUGGAAGCGCAGAGGAAAUAUCAAGAUAAAUUCAACACCGGAAAGCCAUUGAUUUUGCCGGGACCGAACAUGAUUCCAGGACUAUGCGAAGAAAACCAAGUAGACUGGUGGAAUGCUGCUUGCGCGUUAUUCAAAAACACCAAGAUAGAAGGAUUAUCUCUAAACAAGCAGCUUUUGCAGCACGGAUUGCAAGCUGUACGUGGCAUGGGAACGCCAAUUACGGACGUUCUAGUGCUUCUUAAAUUGGGAAAAAUUCUUUCCAAGAGAGCUGCUGCAAACGCCUUACCAGAGGAACGCCGUCAGUUGGAAUUGAGAGCGGAGAGUGUUUACAAAGCAGGUGUACUCUUGUGGAAGAUAAGAAAUGAAGCAUCGUUUAGCAGUACAAAUAUUUUCUUCAAAUAUGGCAUCGAUUCGUAUGAGUGCAAUCAAGAAGCCGUGAAAGCGGCUGAGGACGCUUUAACUUAUUUGGCAGGAGUAUAUUUCAAACAUGGUCGCUACGAAGAAUUUACUCACGAUUUCGGUGGAAUACCGCUACCGUUUGCAGCCUAUUUCCGUGCUGAAGCUUUCAAGAAGCUUGACGAAUCCAACAAAACACCACUUAAGUCGAGAAAGUUCUACAGUGAGAGAGCACGUGAUUGUAUCAAACAAACGCAGAAAUAUUUGGAACUUCCAUACAUCGAAAAGGGUCAUCCCUUGCAUUAUGUAGUGAAUAGUGAAAUCAAGCGAUUGCAAUUGAGUGAAUCAUUAGAUGGCAGUCUCAACAGUUCCGUAAAUGGUUUUGGGGCAGCAGCAGUUGAUGAUAGCGACCAUUUUCAAUCGUUCAGUUCAUCAUCCAAUACUGGGUUGAAUCGGUCUGACAGAGAAGCAAUGGCCAAAACUGCUGAACUUGAAAGUCUUAUUCGUAAAAUGAUGGAUACUUUGAAUUUUAUGAAGGAAGAUGUUCUUAAUAUUAGAACUGAUGUAGCAGAUAUGCAGGAACGGUUGGUAAAAAUCGAAGAGAAUAUUCACAAAAAACCGGUAGAAGAUGAUGCAACCUCGGCUGCAGCUGUACUGAAUGAUUUGUAUAUGCUGGAUGAGUUGCAAAACCCAUCCUACAUUAACCAAACUGCUUACAAUCAAAGCCUGCAGUCAUUGACUCCGAACAUGGCAUCGAAUCAUUCCCGAAUGGUAUCCCACCAAGCAGCUGCGGCGGCUGCAGCUGCUGCAGCACUGCAACAACAGAAUCCCUAUCAACAAUUCUAUAACACGUCGUAUCCAAUGUAUAUGCAGCAAUAUGCUCAGCAGCAGGGACGUCCUCAAAUUGGAGCUGUUGCAUCUCCGAUGCAUACAUACCAGGAUAAUAAUCUGCUUGUACCCGCAGCCCCAACUGCCUAUUAUCAGCAACAAACACAAACUCAACCAACGCUUCCUCCUCAGGUCACUAUUCCACCUCAUCAACAAGCCACAACUGCAUCUACCAAGGGUUCAUCUCUAAUUGAACAAGCUCUCCAGACGCCCAAUUUGUUGAACACCUGGAACUCGACAUACAAUUCUAGCUUCCAAGCUACAACACCCCAAGCUCCCGUUUCUAUGGACAAAACGCCACCUGUAAACGUUGUUAUCACAAGUUCCGAUCCUCUUCCAACUAAUAUUUCGCUUGGAACCACUCAACCAACCUAUAGUGUGACAAUUCCUCCGCAACACAUUAAACAUAGUGUGGUUGGAAAUACCACAGUUGGAGCAGGUAGCGUUGUUUCAUCCACUGGAUCAGCCAUUGAGAACAUAUCGCCGGCUGGAGAACCAACGAUCAAUACCAAAUUUCCGAUGGCAGCACCUAAAAUAGCUGUGCCAGCUAUCACCCCUGGUCUGUUUAACCAAUGCAUCGGAGCUGCUAGCUCUGAAGAGACAAGAGAUGACGAUGAGGAAGAUACCGUUAAUGUGUCUGGCGAAUAUGAUCCGCGUCCUGAUUUUAAGCCAAUCAUCGCUCUACCGGCUGAGGUUGAAGUAAAAACCGGAGAAGAAGAUGAAGAGCUGGUGUUCUGUGGCCGCUCAAAGCUACUUCGUAUUGUAAACAAGGAAUGGAAGGAGCGCGGCUUGGGUGAUUUGAAAAUUUUGAAGAGCAAAACCGAUCCGGCAAAGUACCGAAUUGUUAUGCGUCGUGACCAAGUCCACAAGAUAGCUGCAAACCACUCAAUAACACCGGAACUGAUCAUCAAACCAAUAGACAAGAAUAACAAAUGCUACAUGUGGCCUGCGAUGGACUUCGCUGAUGAGGAACCGAAGAAGGAAACAUUUUGUGCCCGGUUUGCUUCGCCCGAGUUGGCUAAGGAGUUUCAUGAUAAAUUUAAUCAAGCGCAACAGGAAAUUCUGCGCUUGAAAAGGCAAAAUGAAACACCAAGCGCCAAAUCGGAAUCUACCAAUAGACAGUCUCUGGGAAUUACAUCAACGCCGGUCAGUAAGCCGUUAUUUGGUUCUCAAGCGACUCAGAGCACCAUCAAAUCUGCAAACUCUACUAGUGUGUCUACCGCUGCACCUACUGCUACUGCUGCAAGUUCUUCGUUUCAAGGAUUUACCUUUACGAACGGUAACAUACCACAAAUCAAACCAACCGCUGCUUCAGUGGAGCAAACCAAGGAACCUGCCAAAGCAAGUCCAUUUGCUUCAUUUACUUUUGGUGGAAGUAAACCGUUUGCUGGAGUUUCAACUUCGACCAAUGAUACCGCUAGCAACAAAUCAUUCACGGAUAUUUUUGGCAGUCUCACAAAGCUUUCUUCGCCAGCUACCACAACCGUUGUGCAGUCUGCGGUUGUUAAAACACCGGAGAAUAAAUUAAAUAUCUCUGGUUCCGAGGAUGUAGUUGAGGAUUUUGUUCCAACGGCAGAUUUUGCACCAGUAAUUCCUCUGCCGGAUCUGGUAGAGGUUAAAACCGGCGAGGAAGGGUUCGAUUGUGUCUAUGAACAUCGGGCAAAGCUGUUCCGUAUGGAUAAAGAAGCAAAAGAGUGGAAGGAACGGGGUCUUGGUAACAUCCGAGUGUUGGUUAAGAAAGAUGAUAACAAUGUUGCAAGGCUUUUGAUGAGACGCGAACAGGUGCUGAAGCUGUGUUGUAAUCAGCUUAUCGCAAAAGAUCUUAAGUUUACUCCAAAUGAGAAAAACAGUUCCAUUACCUGGGUUGGACACGAUUACUCGGAGAAUGAGUUGGCAGUUGAAACCUUUACGCUUCGUUUUAAAACUAACGAUAUUCGAAAUGACUUCCAUAACAUCAUAAAGAAGGUACAGGAAGCUAUGAGCGAAAAGGCCAAUGUAAAAGAAACUAGUAAAGAGGAAGAAAAGACCGUGCCAAAGGGAUUUGGAGAUAUGUUCAAACCGAAAGCUGGCGCAUGGAAUUGUGAAUCAUGUUAUGUUUCUAACAAAGGUGGCGAUUUAUUCUGCUUGGCUUGCGGUGGGCCGAAAGAUUCUACCGUUCCAAAUGAAGACACCAAUCCUUUCAACAAUACGGCUAACACUGCUAGUAAAUUUUCAUUCGGUGUUCCGCCAACAGCAGAAGCAACAAAAUUUAGUUUUGGUGUAUCGCCGGAAACUCCUGUAAAAGUUGCAGAAUCAGACAAACCGAAAGGAUUUGGUGAUCAAUUUAAACCGAAGGCCGGUAGCUGGACCUGCAGUGGAUGCUAUAUCAUGAACAGCGGCGAUGAUUUGUAUUGUUUAGCUUGUGAUACUCCUAAAGAUUCCACAGUCCCCAAAAAGGACAGUAAAACAUCUGUUGCGAGCAGUCUACCACAAUUUAGCUUUGUGCCUGGUGGUGGGUUUACUUUCGGUACACCUGCGAAUACAACCGCAACAAGUACUUCAACAAGCACCACUAUAUCUGCCAAUGCUCCUGCGACAGGAGGAUUUGCCUUCGGGUCAUCGUCAGGAUUUUCGUUCAAAACUCCAGCUGCGACAGCUUCGACAACUGCAUCAACGAGCAUCGCACCUACUACUACAGCGCCGACCACUUUCCGUUUUGAACUUCCGAAACCCACAAUGUCCUUUGGCUCAACACUGUUGGAAACGAAGCCAGCAGAAGAACAGCCCGCUACCAUUGAUAAGCUUCCAGCACCGGAAAAGUCUACCUUUGAGUUUGUCUUCAAAUCGAAAUCACCAGGAAAAGCCAAAAGUCCGGGUCGUACGAUAAGCGUUGGUUCCGAAACCGGCGAAGGCGAGCCUGAGGACGGCGAAGAAUGCUGCGAAGAGGAGAACAAUACCUAUUUUACUCCAGUCAUCCCGUUGCCGGAGAAAGUUGAAGUCAAAACUGGAGAAGAGAAUGAAGAAGUCCUGUACUCACACCGAGCAAAGUUGUAUCGUUUCGUGGACAAGGAAUGGAAGGAACGCGGUUUGGGUGACGUAAAAAUCCUGAAGCAUAACACCACCGGGAAAUUAAGAGUUGUAAUGCGGCGCGAUCAAGUGUUGAAAAUAUGCUUGAAUCAUGCGCUUGACGAGAACAUUGUCUACAAAGAGAAAGACGAUAAGUCUUGGCAGUUUUUAGCAAACGAUUUUUCGGAGGGCACACUCGAGGCAAUGAAUUUUUCGUUGCGCUUUAAAACUCCAGAUAUUGCGAUAGAAUUCAGGAAUGCAAUAAGACAGGCUCUUGGUGAAGAAGUGAGCGCAUCAGGAACCGGCAAUCAACACAAUACGACGUUGGAUACUACCAUUUCCACUCCUAAUAGCAACUUCAGCUUCUCACAGUUAAGUGAUAUUUCGUUAAGCGAUAAAGAACUAGCUAUCAGUUUGAAGCUACCUGAAAACUUUUUCGAUUCCUCAAAGCAACCUUGUGCUGGUUGCCGAGGAUGUGAUCCAGAUAAUUUCAAAUUUCCGCACUAUACUGCUGCUAUCAGUCAGGAUCAGGAAGAUGAUAAGCCGCUACCCAUGAGUGUGGUCGAUAUAAAGCCCUUGCCGGUGGCACAAAAGUUUAGCAAGUCUCCUAAAAAAGUAAGUUUCACUGAGAAUGUAGAAGAACAGAAAGUAGCAAAUUUAUUCGACACUUUGGGGCCCAAAGCGAACAACCAGUCACCGUUUAGUUUUAGUCAUUUCGCGGCUGCAGAAAAACAAUCAUCAGCAUCUACUAUUUUUGGUAGUGCCACCAAACAAGCCGAGCAAAGCACACCGAAAUCAAUUUUUGGCGGCAAUCUUACCAUAUCGUCCAAUACAGCAUCUGCACCAGCAUCUGGGUCGAUAUUUUCCUCAUCACUCAAUACAACACCAAAAACCGCAAUCGUGCCCUCGCAAGUUGCCAGCGAAAAGAACAAAUCCCCUCUGCUGCAACCAUCCGUGUUUGGGUCGCCUUCUCCAACUUUGAACAAAUCCGCAGAAGGAGUAAAACUCUUCGGUACUGCCUUCAAUCAAAACGUUUCGAACUCUAAGAUUUUUGGUGGAUCGCAAACUACUCCCACCACUGUUAAUGAGAAAAACGAGGUAGUUACUACCAGCAAUACAUCGACCCCAGUUUUCGGAUCUGCAGCGUUUGGUGGACUUUCUAGUGCUGCAUCACCGCCUGUCUUUGGUUCGGCGACUGUUAAUAACUCAGCUUCUUCCGGCGGAGAUUCAAAAGUUUUUGGCUCUACUACUUUUGGAAAAGAGUUUAGUUUUGCGGAUGCUGCUAAAGGAUUUAGUAAGAAUAGUAACGAUAGCAAAGCGGAACUGGACCUUUUGAAAAAGAUGGAACCCGGUGUAAGCUUUGCGGAUCUGGCUUCCGGUGGUUCUGGGAAUUUUUUGACAAAACAAAGCGCCCCGAAUAGUGGCUUUGUGGGCUUGACUGUGAAGGAAGAUAUUUUCACCCGAAUGGCUAACAAGGGUAAAAAUGAUAGCAGUGGUGCAGGGGAAAAUGACGACGGAACCGGUGAGACAGCUGCGGGCGAUGAAAACUACGAUCCUCAUUACGAACCGAUCAUUCAGUUACCGGACGAAAUCGAAGUACGUACCGGCGAAGAGGAGGAAACGAAACUGUAUGGCGAGCGGGCGAAGCUAUACCGAUACGACGAUAGCACCAAGGAGUGGAAGGAACGAGGCGUCGGUGAGCUGAAAAUAUUGCAUCAUCCAGCGCGCAACAGUUACCGGAUGCUGAUGCGGCGAGAGCAAAUUUUUAAAUUAGUGCUUAAUCACGCCCUAACGGAUGAUCUGCAGAUAACGUCGCUGAACAAUUCCGCUAAAGCCUUUGCUUGGGCUGCAAUGAACCAUGCGGAAGAGGGACCACAGCUGGAGAAACUUGCAUGUCGAUUCAAGAAUGAAGAUAUAGCCGGCACUUUCAAGACCGUCUUCGAGCAAUGCCAGGAAAAAUUGCGAAGAAAGCCGCACUUGGAACCGGACCAGGACUAAUCGCUGCGCUGUAACGCGGGUCGAGAAUAAUUGGUUAAUAAAACAGAUAGCUAUAAACUUUUAAAUGUUAGAAUAAUCGGUAUCUGUUAUUUGGCAACUUAUUUAAUGUAGUUUGUUGAGCUCCAAAACCGUUUGGUCCGUAUCUAUAAUUUCAUCGUUUUUUUUGGUGUUGGAAGAAAAAGGAUGCGUAAUCUUCUACCGGGAUGAUGCAUGAUAUUCGCGAAAAGCAUAUCUUUUAUACACGCAGUCUUUUGCUGGUUUAUCAGUUUUGCUUAUAUAAGUACAUAUUCUGGUCUUGCCAAGCUGGCAAUUGUACUUCAAGAUCAUGCUGAAGAUUUCUUUCCAUCACUGUUUGUUUUAAGCUUUACAAAAAAGUAAAAUAAAAUAAACAUUAUAUCCUUAUAGCCUUAUCCAUAAAAAAAUAAAAAUAAUCUGAAGUGACAGCUUUGCUUUGUGGGUUCAUAAAACCUCUGCCUAAAUCAAAUCCCGCGAAAUUUGUAAAGAAAAGACUGACGCGUAGCGAUAUUCUUAACGAAAAUACCAUUUCCCACGAAAAAAAUAGGCAUCGUAUGCUUUUCACUUCAGGUUAGUUUUCUUAUAGGUGCCGCUUGUAGCGGGUAAAUUUUGCUUAGCAUACUAUACCGUUUAAAUGAUAAGCUAUCGUAAAAAAUAAACAAAACUUAAAAUAUUUUCAACCCAUUGACGACAAUAGCCUCCGACUUUGCUAAGCAAUAUUUGUCAGGUAUCAGCAUCUUUGACUCGAGCAGCACGUUCUAAGCAAUAUGCAAUACAUUUGGUCGGAUUUCUGCGCACAUUGGCCAAUCAACUGCAACCAUGAUAACUAUAGCAUAAUAAAACAGUCAGAGUAGACGAACA